ACAGCCUAAUUGCAGCUGAUUGGAAGCAGCCCAUGUUAGCUUUGUAGGGUUUACGUCUCCUGCUCUCACUCUCCGAGGUUCUAGCCAUGGAGUACAUCAACCCGCUCACCGGAUUUCGGUUAGAUGGCCGCCGUCCCAACGAAAUGAGGCAAAUCCGCGGGGAAGUCGGCGUUGUUGCCAGGGCAGACGGCUCUGCUGUUUUUGAAAUGGGAAACACCAAAGUCAUUGCUGCUGUGUAUGGGCCGAGAGAGGUGCAGAAUAAGAGCCAGCAGAUCGAUAAUCAAGCAUUGGUGCGUUGUGAGUAUAGCAUGAGUAACUUCAGCACAGGCAACCGUGCCAGAAAAUAUAAGGGUGACAGGAGAUCCACAGAAAUAUCUUUAGUCAUAAGGCAGACAAUGGAAGCAGCCAUAUUAACACAUUUGAUGCCGCGUUCUCAGAUCGAUAUAUUUCUUCAAGUACUCCAGGCUGAUGGCGGAACAAGGUCGGCAUGCAUCAACGCUGCGACUUUAGCAUUAGCUGAUGCUGGGAUUCCAAUGCGUGAUCUUGUCACGUCUUGCAGUGCUGGAUAUCUUUGUAGCACGCCUUUACUAGAUUUAAACUAUGUUGAAGAUAGCGCUGGAGGUCCAGAUGUCACUGUGGGCACAUUAGUCAAGAUGGAUAAAGUAACUCUGCUUCAGAUGGAUGCGAAAUUACCAAUAGACAUGUUUGCAGAUGUGAUGCAACUUGCAAUAGAAGGAUGCAAAGCAAUAGCAAAUUAUAUUCGGGAAGUUCUUUCGGAGAACUCAAAGAAACUUGAAUGCAUGAAGGGCAAUUAGAAUGGCAGCAAACAUGUAAGGUGCAUGAUCAUUCCCUUAGUUUUUUUUGCAAUUUUAGAAUUUGCAUUCUUUAGAAAAUUUUAAUAUUUACAAACCAUUGCUGCUUUUCAAAAUAGCAAAAGCAUGGAGUUUAAGUUCCUGACAAUUGCAAAAUGAUAUUUGGAUAUUUACAUAUAUACCACUCAAUUCUUAUCUAA